AAAUUCAAGCAAAAGUAUACAAAUAAACAGAAUUUAUAAAAAUGCGUGCUCAUUUCGCUAGUGACGUUCCUGCUUCACCCGAUACCGAUGAUGGCUUGCAGCAAGACGCCAUCGAUACAAUGGAGCCACAGCCCAAGGUGGCUGGCAACGAAUUCGAAAAUGUAUUACAGGAUCGUAUAUUAGAAUUUAAAAGUGAUUCAUCUAAAAUGGCUGUGGUUGGUGAAUUUAUCGAUGAUGUUUUACAAAAAGCCGAAGAAGAGGCCAAUAAACAACAAAAGGACAAACAUAAAAAUUCGCAACAGGGUAAAAAUAAAACACAAAAACCAAGUUUUGCUAUACCAGAUUUCAAGAACGGCAAAGUUGUAAAUCGAGCCAGAGGAUUUGUGGUGAGACUCUUUGAGUCCAUUUGCAAUUGUGCCAACAAUGCAGCAGCAGCGCCAGUUACACGCUUCAAAUUUCGCAGCGGCAAAAGAGCCUCAACAAGUGGCGAUGCAAUCGAUAACAAUGGCAAAGUGGAGAAUAAUAAAAAGGAGGAAAAAUCCAAAAGAAAUAGUAGUAAUGGCGGCAAGAAGAAUGAUAAGGUAAAACUCGAUGAUACCAAUAAGGAUAAAGACAAUGAAGUACAAGAAACAAUAGAAUUGCAAUAGAUAUUUGAUAUGUGAAGAAUAACUAAAAUGAAAAAUUCAAAAUUAAAGACUUUUUAAUAUAGCAAUACUAAUGAAAUUAUAUAUAAAAAAAUUAAUGAAACAUAUACAAUUUGAAUGAAAGAGAAAUUAAAAAAAUCUGAUUUUGGCUUACUUUUCGAUAGCAUUAUCAAAAGGUUUCCCUACAAAAAACUAAAGUACAUAUAGACUGUCUUACA